UAACUCCUCAGUUCCCACAUUAACCUCUUCACUCACUCUCUCUCCCUUUGUUGUUAUGGCACCAAAGUUGUCACUCUUUCUGUGCGUUGUGGCCAUCAUGGCCGUUGAUAGUGCUUCAUCAUCACACCAUGCGCAUGCGCCAGCACCCUCUUUGGAUUGUUCAAGCCUUAUAAUCACCAUGGCUGAUUGCUUGCCCUUUGUUUCCAAUGGCAGCACCGUAACAAAACCAGAAGCAACAUGCUGCUCUUCCUUAAAAAAUGUCCUCAGAACCGCUCCUUCUUGUCUCUGUGAGGCUUUCAAGAGUAGCUCUCAGCUCGGUGUCGUUUUGAAUGUCACUAAGGCUUUGACUCUUCCUGCUGCUUGCAAACUCUCUGCUCCUUCUUUCUCUAAUUGUGGAUUGUCUGAAACGCCUGCAGCUGCUCCUGGCCUCUCUCCUUCAUCAUCUGCAACAGCACCGGGUGCUGGAAGUGAGCAAUCUCCAGAACAAGCUCCAUCACCAUCUCCUGGGAACGCAGCAUCAGCAUUGAUUCCCUUCUCAGCUGGAUCCCUGAUUGUUUGCCUUCUAAUAGCUGCAUUAUCUGGCCUUGAGCCAGGUCUCAUUCCAUUUUGAGAGUAGGAGGAUGACAUGAGGGACUAUUUUGCUGUUUUCUUACUUUUAACAUAUGACUUGGAAGUAGAUAAAAUUCAUCUAGUGAUUCGAACCUAUUUUGAGGUUGUACCCUUUGUUUUAUAAUUUUAGUAUAUACUUGAGUAGUGAUUUUAGUGUUGUUAUAAAUCUUAUAGUUAUAUUUGAUGUGUGUGAUGUGGUUUCUUGUUGAGAGGACAUGUACCACGAGACACAAGACACUAGGGAGAACGUGUUUAUGGGGUUAUGGUUAAAAUGUAAUAAAAUGGAAGCCAGCUCUAACUAGUAACAUGACCCACACAUGAUGCUGGAAGCUUCUUUCCAACC